GUAUUCAGCACUUCAUCAAAGUGUUGCCAAGUUUAUGAUGGAAAUGCAGCACAAGAGAACGUAAACUAAUUUACGUUCUCUGACUGCGCCGGCAAAUGUUUUGUUUGCGCAUGAAAAAUUAGUCGAUUUCCCGACAAUAACGCCAGUUGUUCAUCAUGUUUUCACUGUGUAAACAGUCACAUCCCGCUACUGGAGUGGAAUUUGCAAUUUGCUGUCAUUUCUUCAACAACUUUGAGGAGAACCUCGUCGCAGCAGGUGCAAAUAUACUCAAGGUAUAUCGUAUAUUCCCUCAUCUAGAUGCUGCUCAACGCCAAAAAUUGCUAAAUAUCAAUGACUUACGUACACCUCCGAAAAUGCGCCUAGAAUGUUUGGCGACCUAUACGCUUUAUGGUAACGUGAUGUCAUUGCAGAGCGUGUCGUUGGCAGGAUCACUACGCGAUGCACUACUUAUAAGUUUUAAAGAUGCCAAGUUAUCGGUAGUACAGCAUGAUCCCGAUACGUUUGCACUAAAAACACUUUCACUGCACUUUUUCGAAGAGGAUGACGUCCGUGGUGGAUGGACAGGACGCUACUUUAUACCAAUGGUACGAGUUGACCCAGACUCUCGGUGCGCUGUAAUGCUGGUUUAUGGUAAACAGUUGGUGGUGUUACCCUUUCGAAAGGAUAAUAGUUUAGAUGAGAUCGAGCUUGCGGAUGUGAAACCCAUAAAGAAAACACCUACAGCACUAGUUGCUCGUACUCCAAUAUUAGCUUCCUACUUAAUAGCACUUCGCGAACUUGACGAAAAAAUUGACAAUGUAUUAGAUUUACAAUUUUUAUACGGCUAUUAUGAACCAACACUGCUGAUUCUCUACGAACCAGUAAGAACAUUUGCUGGACGUGUCUGUGUACGAUCCGAUACGUGUGUACUAGUAGCCAUUUCAUUAAAUAUUCAACAACGAGUGCACCCAGUAAUCUGGACAGUUACUGGUUUGCCAUUUGAUUGUCUUCAAGUUUUCCCAAUACAGAAGCCAAUAGGCGGCUGCCUCGUCACAACCGUGAAUUCCAUAAUUUAUCUAAAUCAGAGUGUGCCGCCGUAUGGUGUGAGUUUAAAUAGCUCAGCAGAUCAUAGCACAAGCUUCCCUCUCAAGCCACAAGACGGGGUACGGAUCUCACUUGAUGCAGCCAAUCUUACAUUUAUUGAUAUUGAUAAACUAGUGAUCUCGCUUAAAGGUGGUGAACUGUAUGUGCUGACCUUAUGCGUUGACUCCAUGCGCACGGUUCGAAAUUUCCAUUUCCAUAAGGCAGCUGCUAGUGUUCUGACCAGUUGUAUGUGUGUUUGUCAAUCAGAAUAUUUGUUUUUGGGUUCAAGAUUGGGAAAUUCGUUAUUGCUGCAUUUUACUGAAGAGGAUCAGAGUACUGUUAUAACGUUGGACGAGGUGGAAACAAACGAUGCUAACGCUGCAGUUAACGACGAAUCUGUACCUAAAGCGAGGCGUAUCGAAGACGAAGAGUUGGAGGUAUAUGGAACCGGUGCUAAAACAUCGGUUCAGUUGCGGAAAUACAUUUUCGAAGUUUGCGAUAGUUUGCUAAAUGUGGGACCAAUAAACUUCAUGUGUGCUGGCGAACGUGUUGAAUUUGAGGAAGACGGUGUUACAUUACGUCCGCACGUAGAAAACUUAGCUGAGCUAAAAAUUGAAGUCGUUGCUUCCAGUGGUCACAACAAGAACGGCGCUUUAUGUGUCUUCGUAAAUUGCAUUACACCCCAAAUUAUUACUAGUUUUGAGCUGGAAGGUUGUCUAGAUGUAUGGACUGUGUAUGACGAUGCUAGUAAAAAGUCUACACGUCACGAUCAUCAUGACUUUAUGAUAUUAUCGCAACGCUCAUCAUCUCUAGUAUUGCAGACGGGCGAUGAGAUCAACGAGAUCGAAAAUACCGGCUUCAGCUGUCAACAACCAACUAUAUUCGUGGGUAACCUAGGACAAAAUCGUUUCAUUAUACAAGCAACAACACGUAACGUCAGACUGCUGCAAGGAACGCGCCUCAUACAAAAUGUACCCAUCGAUGUGGGCUCACCGGUAGUGCAAGUCUCAACUGCCGAUCCCUAUGUUUGUUUACGUGUACUAAAUGGACAAGUUAUCACAUUGGCUUUACGUGAGACUAAAGGUAGUCCACGUCUUGCAAUCAAUAAGAAUACAAUCAGUAGUGUGCCUGCUGUGAUUGCAAUAGCUGCAUACAAAGAUAUAUCUGGCUUAUUCACAGCUAAGUCGGAUGAUGUACUCAAUCUCACAGGCAGUAAUGGCAAUUCAUUGUAUGCUGGUUUGGGAUACAUGAAAGCGGAGCCGCAUAUGAAAAUCGAAGAUGAAGAAGAUCUGCUAUAUGGUGAAUCUGGCAACGCCUUCAAGAUGAACAGUCUGGCCGAUCUUGCAAAACAAUCCAAACAAAAAAAUACUGAUUGGUGGCGCCGUUUGCUGCCUCAAAUAAAACCAUCUUACUGGCUGAUCACGGCUCGUGAAUCGGGCACUUUGGAAAUAUAUUCUAUGCCCGAUAUGAAGUUAAUGUAUCUAGUUAAUGAUGUGGGCAAUGGCGGUAUGGUGCUUAGCGACUCAAUGGAGUUCGUGCCAGUGCCACUAAGCAACCAGGAGAACAGUAAAACUGGCAUACUUUUGAAUUGUAUGCCACAGCAUGCAAAUUCGCCUUUGGCACUGGAAAUCAGCAUGGUUGGCUUGGGAAAUCAGGGCAUGCGUCCACUACUUUUAAUACGUACGCGACUGGAAUUGCUAAUCUAUCAAGUGUUUCGCUAUCCCAAAGGUCAUUUAAAAAUACGUUUCAGAAAACUAGAAACACUCAAUAUGUUGGACGUGCAACCAACUAGUAUGGAAGUAGAUGAUUUGGAAAGCGAACUUGAAUCGUAUAAUUUACAAGAGCGUUAUGUUAGCAAAUUACGUUAUUUUGCCAACAUUAGUGGGCACAAUGGUGUGAUGGUUUGUGGCGUAAAUCCACAUUUUCUUUUCCUAACCUCCAAGGGUGAGCUACGUGUACAUAAGUUUUACGGAAAUGGUGUCGUGCGGAGUUUUGCGCCAUUCAACAAUGUAAAUUGUCCCUUUGGCUUUUUAUAUUUUGACCAUACAGCCGAGCUAAAGAUUUCUGUACUGCCUACUUACUUGACAUACGAUUCUAUUUGGCCAGUGCGUAAAGUACCGUUGCGUUGUACGCCGCGACAGAUUGUCUAUCAUCGUGAAAAUCGUGUUUAUUGCUUGAUCACGCAGACCGAGGAGCCUACUAACAAGUAUUAUCGUUUCAAUGGUGAAGACAAAGAAUUGACAGAAGAAAACAAAGGCGAACGCUUCAUCUAUCCUAGUGCUUCCAAAUUUGCAAUGGUGCUUAUGAGUCCGGAAACAUGGGAAAUUGUGCCAGACGCUUCCAUACAAUUCGAGGAAUGGGAACACGUGACAGCAUUUAAGAUUGUAAAGCUCGCUUAUGAGGGCACACGAUCCGGUCUUAAAGAAUACCUUUGUAUUGGCACAAAUUUUAAUUAUAGUGAAGAUAUCACCUCACGCGGAAACAUACACAUUUACGACAUCAUUGAAGUUGUACCUGAACCAGGCAAACCGUUAACAAAAUUCAAAUUGAAAGAAGUUUUCAAAAAAGAACAAAAAGGUCCCGUAUCAGCCAUUUCGGAUGUACUCGGUUUUCUAGUAACAGCACUCGGUCAAAAGAUCUAUUUGUGGCAGUUGAAAGACGAUGAUCUUAUUGGUGUCGCAUUUAUUGACACAAACAUAUAUGUGCAUCAAAUAAUAUCUGUUAAAUCAUUAAUUUUAAUCGCUGAUGUCUACAAAUCAGUCAGUUUACUACGUUUCCAAGAGGAGUUUCGCACGCUUUCACUUGCAUCACGUGAUUUUAAUCAUUUACAAGUCUAUAAUAUUGAGUUCAUGGUGGAUAACAAUAAUUUAGGUUUCCUAGUGACAGAUGCGGAUAAAAACCUUAUAGUUUACAUGUACCAACCAGAAUCUCGUGAAUCUAUUGGAGGUCAGAAGUUACUACGCAAAUCUGAUUAUCACCUCGGCCAGGCGGUGAAUACAAUGUUUCGUGUGCAAUGUCAUCAACGUGGUCAACACCAACGGCAACCAUUCCUCUAUGAAAAUAAACACUUGGUGUUCUUCGGCACAUUGGAUGGUGCGCUUGGAUAUUGCUUGCCACUGCCUGAGAAAGUAUACCGACGAUUUUUGAUGUUGCAAAACGUUCUGCUCUCCUAUCAAGAGCAUCUGGGUGGUUUGAAUCCUAAAGAGUUUCGAACGGUGAAAAGCUCGAAAAAAUUAUCUCUAAAUCCUUGUCGUUGUAUAAUUGACGGUGAUCUUAUUUGGACAUACACAAUGAUGUCUACAGCGGAGAAAAAUGAAGUGGCGAAAAAAAUUGGUACGAGAACAGAGGAAAUUCUUGCAGAUCUGUUGGAUAUCGAGCGCAUUGCAUCGGUGUUCUAAGCCAAGUCCCUAACAUUACACUUUAUUUUUAAUAAUAGUAUAUAAGAAUUUGGGAAGACAAGUUAUGUGUACGAUAGAGCACCGUGUCCUUGUUUAGGAAAACAAGUGGGUGAAUAAAUUACAUUAGAAAGUAAAUAA